CUACACAUAUAUAUCCAGGAGAGAAGAAAAGAAAAAGAAAAGAGAGAUUAGGUUUUGAUUCUUGAAGACAGAAAAAUCUAUAUAUAUCUAUACACACACAGAGAUGAUGUACCAUCAUCAGCUGCAGCACCACCACCAAAACGAACACCAACACCAACACCAGCACCAGCACCAAGGAAAGAACAUCAUCCACUCUUCUGCUUCUUCAAGUAGAAUAUCGAUGCCUAACAUCCCUUCUGAAAGGCAUUUGUUUCUACAGCAAGGUGACCAAAAUAGCCCUGCAGGAGAUUCAGGCCUUGUCCUCACAACCGAUGCCAAACCUCGACUCAAAUGGACCCUCGAUCUCCAUGAGCGAUUUAUCGAAGCAGUUAACCAGCUUGGAGGAGCAGACAAGGCUACUCCGAAAACAGUUAUGAAACUUAUGGGGAUUCCAGGGCUUACAUUAUACCACUUAAAGAGUCAUCUUCAGAAGUACAGGCUUAGCAAGAAUCUGCAUGGAGGACAUGUUACUAGUGGCCCCACCAAAAUUGGUACAGGUACAGUUCCAGUUUCAGAGGCAGGAGAAAGAUUAAUAUCCGAAGCAAAUGGAAGUCAGAUGAGCACUAUGAGCAUUGGCAUUGCACCCCAAUCAAACAAAGGCUUACAUUUAAAUGAAACACUAGAGAUGCAAAUUGAAGUCCAGAGAAGGCUACAUGAGCAACUUGAGGUUCAGCGGCACUUGCAACUUCGUAUAGAGGCUCAAGGAAAAUACCUACAGUCUGUGCUGGAGAAAGCCCAGGAGACACUAGGAAGACAAAACUUAGGUACAGUGGGACUUGAAGCUGCCAAAGUUCAACUCUCUGAGCUGGUGUCCAAAGUAUCCUUGAACUCCGCUUUCACAGAGCUCAAAGAACUACAGGGAUUGUGCCCUCAGAAAACGCAAACAAACCAGCAGCCCACCGAUUGCUCAAUCGACAGUUGCCUAACUUCCUGCGAAGGAUUGAGAAGGGACCAGGACCAGAUACACAGCAGUGGAAUGCCUCUGAGACCUAAUUACAGUGGCAGGGCAGCAGCACUCUUGGAACAUAAAGAGGCUGCACAAGAUCAGCCGCCAAUGCUCCAAAACACCCAACUUAAUUUGUGUGAUGAUCUGAAAGAGAACAUGUUUCUUUCCUCCAUAAGUAAGGAUGCAGAAAAAAGAAUGUUCCCUGCCGCAACAAGGUCUAGUGACUUAUCCAUGAGCAUUGGACUACAAGGAGAAAACUGGAAUAUCGAUAGCAAAGGAAGAGACACAGAUGGAAGCUUUCUAGGCCGUACGAACAGCAGGGCUGAUUCAGCUAAAGUCGAGGGUGCGAAAGUUUCUCAAGGAUAUAGAUCAGUGCCUUACUUUGCAGCAAAACUAGACCUAAAUGCUCAUGAUGAUAAUGAUACUUCUUCAAGUUGCAGACAAUUUGACUUGAAUGGCUUCAGCUGGAGCUAAGUAGGCUUACAUUGGGAGAAUCAAAGGGAUAAAAACACAGCAAUUUUCAGCUUCAUACCAAAGGAUAGACAGAGCAUGAUAGCAUGCUGCGAACAAUUUUUUAGAUCGAGCUGAAAGGAAUAAGUUGCAGGACAAAGAUAUUCACCUAUUAAUUUAGAUCAAUUACAUAACAAAUAGCUCGGGCAAGCAGGAUGUAACAUCUUUAUAUAUAUGAUUGAGAGUUCCAGGACUAGAAAGCAGAA